GUUCACCAAUAACACCUGAGUUGGGGCAUCAUAUACCAAAUAAAUUUUGUUCAAACCAAUUCUAAGUCAAUCAACCCAUUUCUUAUCCGGCAUUUAGAAUCAGUCGCUAUAUUACAUCAACUGGCGAAAUCACAACUAAGCAGAAUCAAAUGAUUUUUCUGCUUUGCGAAAUCAUCAGCAUCAUACCACUCGGUAACCAGCAAAUCAUUUAGUUAUACGACAGCUCUCGUUCAUCAUAGACGCACGCGAUAGCCGCGUGGUCAGUUUUAGACAUUCUAUUUCCAUUCUACGUUUUCGACAUUCCUGCCUCUGCGUACAACAUUGUCCAACAUAACAAAUCAUGGCUUUCAACAAAGAUGAAAUGCAUGCUCCCCAAUGGAUGGAUGAAACAUUUUUUGAAAAGGUGCUAAAAAAAUCGGAAAACGAUUCUGGUUUAUUAGUGAACGAGAGCAAAAUCAUCCCAGGUACUAAACCGGGAGAUCAUUUCGCGAGUGUCAUUUUCCGCGCCAGCGUCACUUACAACAGCCGCGGCCAGAAUCAUGAAAAAUCGUUGAUUAUUAAAACGAUGCCUGUGCAGGAAGGCCUUAAGAAGGACCUCCUGAAAGGAGGAGAGAUCUUCGAAACGGAAACUAUCAUGUACCAAACUGUAAUCCCGGAAAUGGUGAAACUUCUUCGUUCGGUGGGAGACAAUACAGAGUUUGGACCGAGGCUCCUCUACUCUUCUAGUGACCCAUUCUGGGUGAUGGUUUUCGAGGAUAUCACCAAACGAGACUACCAAAUGAAGUACACUCAGCUGAGCUUUGACGAUGCUAAGAUUGUGUACACAAAACUGGCGCGAUGGCAUGCUGCUUCAUUAGUUUUAUCCGAUACGGUGCCAAUUAUUUCUAAGUUAGACAAAAGCCUCGGAGGUAUAAUGCAGACGGAUUUCAGUGAAAUCUGGACUGGACACAUGGCUACACUGGCCAAACUCUGUCACGGAUGGCCUGGCUAUGAAAUCUACGGUGAUCGUUUGGACAGCCUGAAGAACACCAUCAUGACUAAGCUAAAAGACAUCUAUCAGCUGAAGGAUUCAAAUCUAUACAAUGUACUAAACCAUGGCGAUUUACAUUCCAAGAAUAUGAUGUUUAAAAUCGAGGAAGGUGUUACGAAAGACAUUCUGCUGCUUGACUAUCAAAUCAGCUUCUGGGGGACCCCUGCAUGCGAUAUCAUCUAUUCAUUAUACAACACAUGCUCGAUAGAGACGAGAGACAAUCAUCGCGAUGAGCUGAUCAAAUUCUACCACGACGAGUUCACAGCUACGUUGAAUAACUUGGGCUACCUAAAUAAAAUUCCAACUCUGGUUGAUUUACACGUAGAAAUUUUAAAGUGUGGAUAUUUAGAAACAUUCCUGUCGUGUACAUUCCUUCCAUUCAUGAUUUUACCAUUCGAAGAACUCAUGCCUGCAUCUUCAAUUGAGAACCCAGAGGAAGGAGUUGAACUUGAUUUUGGCGAUAAAGAAAAGAUGGGAGAAAUGAUGCUGAAAGUAUUCCAGCAUCCAAAGUAUGUUUCUGUAAUCCAGCGAUAUUUACCUGCUCUACUUCAUAAAGGAUUUUUGGAGUUAUGAAAAAAACAAAUGAACCACACUGUGAAAUAUAUUAGUACGAGAGACGUCAAGAAGCAAUAAAAUUGUUUUCAUAGCUGGUUGAGAAUGGGAAGAUACAAUUACUCUCCGAAUUAAAUAUACACUUUGAAUUAGA